GGUGGUAAAGGUCUCGGAAAAGGUGGUGCUAAACGUCAUAGAAAGAUUCUUCGUGACAACAUCCAAGGUAUCACCAAACCUGCUAUCCGUCGUCUUGCACGCCGUGGUGGUGUAAAACGUAUCUCGGGUCUUAUUUAUGAAGAAACCCGUGGUGUAUUAAAAGUUUUUCUUGAAAACGUUAUUCGAGUAUGUUAA